AUGGCAUAUAAAGUGGAUCAUGAAUACAAUUAUUUAUUUAAGAUUGUGUUGAUCGGAGAUUCGGGUGUAGGAAAAUCAAAUAUUCUUUCAAGAUUUACGAGAAAUGAAUUUUUUUUGGAAUCGAAAUCAACCAUUGGUGUCGAAUUUGCAACUAGGACUCUUCAGGUAGAAGGGAAGACAAUUAAGGCCCAAAUAUGGGAUACGGCUGGUCAAGAGAGGUAUCGAGCCAUUACAAGUGCUUACUAUAGAGGUGCAGCUGGGGCAUUGUUGGUUUACGAUGUAACUAAAAGGCAAACCUUCGACAAUGUCCUAAGAUGGUUACGUGAACUAAGAGACCAUGCUGAUUCAAACAUCGUCAUUAUGAUGGCCGGAAAUAAGUCCGAUCUCAACCAUCUUCGAGCGGUUUCAAUGGAAGAUGCUGAAGGCUUGGCCGAGAAAGAAGGUCUUUCAUUCCUCGAAACAUCCGCACUAGAAGCUUUCAAUGUCGAGAAGGCAUUUCAGACAAUCUUGUUGGAUAUUUAUCAGAUAGUAAGAAAAAAAGCAUUGGCAGCACAAGAAGCGGGUUCCUCCACUGGUGUUCCUCAUGGAACCACCAUUAAAGUCUCCAAUCUGCAAGAUAAUGGAACCAAGAAUGCUUGUUGUUCCACCUAAAAUGUGGGUUUUAAGGGGAUACAAACAGGUGAUGCAAAUGUUGUAUUGGCAGCCGGAACGUUCUGUUUCAUUUGGGGCAGACAGGGAAAAGCACUUUGUUAUAUAACCAUCUUAAGACAAUGCAGGAAACAGGGUUUUGAUUCAGAAGAACCACAGAUUAUGAUCAACAGAACUAGGAUGUUAGCAGUCUUAUAUGAUAUGGUUUUGAACCCAUAAAGGGUUUUGACAGGGAAUUAUU